UCAAGUGGCCACGGUGCGCUGUUGUGAGAUCGACGGCACUGACUUGGGACGAUCAUUCGAGGUUCGCAAGUCGACCAAGUCGGACGUUGAGUGGGAAAAUCCCGCGUUGUGUUUUGGGUGAGCUUUGCGCCUGAAGGGAAAGCCGCGCGUUGCGUCACGCGAGCUGAUCAGGUUUCUUAAGAGUUCUAAAAAUAAGAAUUAGCGAAAAUUUUCGUCAAAAAUCCAACACAGUGCUACAACCCACACUUUUCGUGCCUUCGUGCGCAACGAUAAAAGUUUUCCAAUUGAACGGUUUUUUUAUAUAAGUUUUUCCUUCCGACCAUCCCAUUUCCACCGCGAAAUUUUCUUGUCUUUUGCCUGCGUUUGUCCGGGACGAAGUUGGAGAAUUUUCACAUCACACAGUUGUGUGUCCUCAACCACCCGCCAUUCGGUUUAUCAGUGCAUCAUUUGCUGGCUUUCAGCACAGUGUAUUGUGUGUGAAGAGGUGAAGUAGAGAGAAGGAGUACACAGAGAGAGAAAAAAAAGAGGUUCUAUUUUGCAAAACGAAAGUGGAAGUAGCAGCAUACAGAAAAAAAAUAAUACGAUCGACUCUGCGAGUUUAAAUAGCCAUUAGGGAGUACACCACGAUCGACUCUGCGCCGUUCUUGAAGAUUCAUUGAAGAAAAUCAUUCGGUGCACAUCAGGAGAAUUCAAGACCAACAAAUGGCUCAAUUAGUCACUGUCAGGCUCAGUAGAAGCGAUGCCCAACCGUGGGGUUUCCGACUGCAAGGUGGAAAGGAUUUUGGAACUCCGCUUGUUGUUCAAAAGGUCGCUGGCGGAAGUAUAGCCGCCAAUGCGGGUCUCGUAGCUGGUGAUGCCGUCAUUAAAGUCAAUGGCAUGGAUGUGUACAACUUGCGCCAUAAGGAUGCCCAAGAUGCUGUUGUUCGUGGUGGGAAUAACUUUGAAAUCUCCGUUCAACGGGGUGGUUCAACGUGGAGACCCACUGUAAGUCCCGCUGGCUCCCUACCCCAACCCGUCCUAUCCGGUGGCAGUGUGGCUCCCGUGACACACACAUCCCUGGCAGCUAAGCCCCAGGAAGUUUCUCAUAUUGGUAGUGGAUACAACAGCUCAGCACGGCCAUACCUUCCAUCUGUCAAUGGUGAUGGUGUAAAGAGUAUUGUCAACAAGCAAUACAACACUCCCGUUGGGAUGUACAGCGAUGAAACCAUUGCGGAAACACUCUCAGCUCAGGCGGAAGUGUUGGCUGGCGGUGUGCUCGGAGUAAACUUCAAGAAGAACGAGCGAAUCUACAAUUCAGCCAAUUCGGAAGUGUAUAAAAUGUUGCAGGAAGCUGAAAAUGAUCCCAAUGAUCCAGAGGAGUCCUCAUUCAGUCCUACACCAUAUCAGUCAUCCAAUCAGCAAUCCUCGCCAAGCGGUGGUGUCACAAAGCAUGUGACCGCUCCUGUGGCCCAAGCUAAACCCCCCAACACGGGUGGUUUGCCAGCCGGCCAGAAUAUCUGUGCUGAAUGCGAGCGCCUCAUUGUAGGCGUUUUUGUGAGGAUCAAGGAAAAGAAUUUGCACGUUGACUGCUUCAAGUGUGCCACAUGUGGUACACCGCUAAAGAAUCAGGGCUAUUUCAACAUUAACAAUAAACUAUAUUGUGAUAUCCAUGCAAAAUUGGCUGCCCUCAAUAAUCCACCACCUGGUACAGAGGGCUAUCUACCUGUGCCAAUUAAGCCGAAUACAAAAUUGAGUGCUAGCACCAUUUCUGCUGCACUCACAACGCACCAUGGAACCGGUGCUGGUGCCACGAAUGGAGCACCACAGCUGGGAUCUCCCCUGUCGACGGGUAGCAAUACUAAUUUAAGUUGUGCGACAAAUUUUGCAUCAAAUAGCUGUGUGUUGCCCCAAGCAUUGAGUUCGUGUGAGUCGACACCGAAGAAAUUGUCGCCAAUGGCGUCAGUUGGGGUGUCCCCAAUCCAUUCAAGGCAGAACAGCCUCGGGAGCGCCAUGAGUGACACCGAUAUCAAUCACAAGAAUGUGUACAACAUUCUCAAGAAUUGCCAAUCAGACGACACUCCCGGCCACAGGAGGACCUACCUCGAGACAGACUUCACUGACACCAUCAGUGAAUGUGAUUCCCCAGACGAGGGCACAAGGAUGGUGAUGGUGGGGCAUGAGAAGAUGCAAAAUGGGACACAUAAUUCGGAAUUUGUCUACAAAACCAUUGGCGGUGGGAUCAUUCGAAGUGUCCAAGCACCUGGAAAAGGCAAGAAUAUUAACUACAAAAUCAAUACAAACAUCAGUGGCCCAAAGCCAUUUAACAUCUCAUCGGCUCCACUUUCACCCCCAAGUGCUGGACCCAAGAGUCCCUCAAUUUAUCCGCCACCAACAAGUGCUGCAGCAUGGAGCCAACCAAAGCCCCCGUCGACUUUUGAGGCUCCAAAACCAUCAACUUUUGGCUCAUCCACACUACCACGAGCCAACGUUGGACCGGCUGCUCCAGGAGACUUGGGGCCAGAGUGUGGGCAUCCCGAUGAGAUUUCCCAUGAACUCGCAUCUGUGCACUUUUCUUGGCCACCAUCGCAAGAAAUUGCAACAUCCACCCCUACAGCAACACCCCUCUACGUUCCACCACCUGAAACGCAGCACGUUAUUGUUAAACCAAUGCUUGAGAAGCAAAGUCAGUCAGCUCCAGAGUUGAGCUAUGGGCAGAGGGAGGUUUCCAGGGUAGCUGAAGUGGCUGAAAUGGAAAGCGGUUCAGAGAGUUACACGUCAACAAGCGCAACGACAACAACAUCCGAAGAUGCAGCACAUAUGCGAAUGUAUCACACCCAAACAUCACAGCCAAGCUAUACAAUCUACGAAAGUGCUGACUCAGAUGAAACUGACUAUGCAACCAUACCGCAUCACAAGCAGAGUAUCUGUUCUGCGGAGGUAUCGUCAUUUGUUUCGGAAGCACGUGGAGCACAAUACUUGGCUGAUACAUUGGAUACAACCUGCUUAGUUGAGAGAAUGCGAUCACUGACACCUAGACCUCCUUCACCCACCCCCAUGAAGACGGGGAAACAUGUGGAAUUUGCUUUACCAACUGAACAAAAAACGGAAACGCAACAAGAAAGCUUCUCCCAAGAAUCCACUCAGAUGCAAUCAAGUGCAGUUCAGGAAUCCAGCAUGGUACAGGAGUCAAGGGAAUUCCAGGAAGUGAAUCAAUAUCAGGACACUGCACACGUUCAGGAAGUUGCCGAAGUUGCGGAACAAACAACACAAUUCCAGCCAAUUGAUGUUCCUGAACAGAAACCUCUUCCUCAGGGAAGUGUACCCAAUACUGUCCCACAGGAAUGGGAAAGUGCAAUGGUUAAAGCACUAAAGACAGCUCCUGAAACCCCCUACAACAUUGUGAGUGUUAAACAGGAAGCCAUUGAGGAGAGUUGCAUCAAAGCUGAUGCAUCACAAAGUACAGCAACAACAUCAUACCAAAAUAUUAGCCUACCUGCACUUGAUGUUUUAGUUGAGAAACCAGCUGAAGGAACCAUCAUGUCGUCCCUGCUAACAACAGUUCCAAUUAAAAGUGUAAAGUUUGAGCCAAAGGCAACAAUAGAACCAGUACCAUUGCCUGAGGAAACUAGACCGUACUUCCCGCCACCGAUUGAUAUGACGGUUGUGGCUGAUGAUACAAUUCCAGGGAGGAAGUCGCUGAUGUUGGAGGCACUGAUCACAGCACCGGAUCGUCCAUAUUCUCCAUUUGGGCACGAGGUCAGCUACCAAUUGGAUGACCUACCGCGUCCUACGGAGAAGAUGACGCUAAGGACUGCUCUGACGGUGGCUCCUGAGCGACCUUUUACUCCUGUCAUUUUUGACUCAAACGGCUUGGCUCAUCCGAAGGCGGUAAAAGAAGAUAAGACUGGAAACAGUCUUAUUAAGGGCUUCCAACCUCAGGCUUCAUCGCAAAUUAGUUCAUGCCUAACUAGUGCUUCUCAGGAUACCUCAAUGCAAGAAUCUCAGAUUUGUCAGCAAGUUUCACAGCAGCAGACUUCUCAGCAGGCUUCACAGCAGCAAGUCUGUCAGCAGGUUUCACAGCAACAAGUCUGUCAACAGGCUUCUCAGCAGACUUCACAGCAGCAAGUCUGUCAGCAGGUUUCACAGCAACAUGUCUGUCAGCAGGCUUCUCAGCAGCAAGUCUGUCAGCAGGCUACACAACAGCAAAGUUAUCAGCAAGCUUCUCAACAGAUUUGCCAACAGUCUUCGCAACAAGUCUGCCAGAAGACUUCACAGCAAAUUUGUCAGCAAUCUUCCAAACAAGUUUGUCAAAAAUCAUCUCAAGAAGUUUACCAUCAAUCCUUGUCAGCAGAAUCUCGAUCUGAAGCUCGUAAACUGAUUGCAGCUGUAUCACCUGCCUUCGAACAAGAUGGCAUCGAUACGGUCAAUCGUGCUGCGGACGUGCACAUGGCACCACCUCAAAUCGUGACCCCGGUUCCCCAUCCGCGCCCAUUUACGCCCUCACUCAUCAACAAGCCCGCCCCCAUAAUCCCCUACUACCAGCAGAACCUUGCUGUUUCUGAGUACGAUCCCCAAAUGGGGGAGAUUUUUGAUCCCCACUUGCGUUCACCGUCACCCUGUUUGCGGGAGAAGAGCCCCGCUCCAGGUCCCCCACCCAACCCCUUGCGUAUCCAAGCACCACGCUUGCGUGAAUCCGGUCAACAGCCUAACCUAGCACCGGGUACGGCAUUCUCGUGUGCCCAAGUAAAGGCCGAGAGUGUGUAUCAGCAGAGACCCGAAAUGGUGGAAUGCCAGAGAAUCGGUGAUAAUUUCCGCCAAACCCGCACGAAUGAGGCAUCCCUGAAUCGUUCCCUGCACGCCGAGAAGGAGAGCGCCAGUGCCACCCAGGUUGGCAAUACGUUCAUCCAAAAGCGCUCACGUGUCGUGGAGGAAUUUGAACGCACGCAAUCGGCAAAGACAAUUGAAAUAAAGACCGGUGGGUCAGGUGAGGUUGUUUCGAAGAUUACGGAGGAUGAAAUGCCGCCUAAGGGUAUCGUGGCGAGUCAAACCCGGCGCUUCUCGCAGGAAGUUGCCCCACCCAAAAUUACCUUUCCAGCAAUUAUCCCUGUGGCGCCCAUGAACUUCCCUCUAGGUGCUGCACCCCAAAGCUCUAACACGGUGGCCCCGCCGCCAGGCUUCAACCUUAAAUCCCUCAAUGCCCCAUCAGCAUUUGCAUCUGCACAGUCAUCGCAUCAGAAUGCCAGCACUUUUGCUUUCACUAAUGCACCGCCCAAAAUAGAGGCUACAAAGCCCGCUUCUGGCCCCGUUGCUGCUUUUAAACUGCCAAAGCCGCAAACACCGCCGCCACCUACUAACAAUUGCCCCGGUACUACCAUGAGUGACCCCUCCCCUGAUGCCAGUGCAGGUUCGAAAGGGGGUGCCGCCGGAGUAACUUCUGCACCGAAGCGUGGCCGCGGUGUACUCAACAAGGCAGUCGGUCCAGGCGGCAGAAUCCCGCAGUGUGGUUGCUGCAAUCAGCAUAUCAGGGGUCCCUUUAUUACGGCCCUUGGACGUAUCUGGUGUCCUGAUCACUUUAUUUGCGUAAAUGGAGAAUGCCGUCGUCCCUUGGCUGAUAUUGGAUUCGUCGAGGAGAAGGGUAAUCUCUAUUGCGAGUACUGCUUUGAGAAGUACAUUGCACCGUCGUGCAGCAAAUGUGGCGCCAAAAUUAAGGGUGAUUGUCUCAAUGCCAUUGGCAAGCACUUCCAUCCGGAAUGCUUCACGUGUGCCUACUGUGGAAAAUUGUUUGGCAACAGCCCAUUUUUCCUUGAGGAGGGAAAUCCCUACUGCGAAGCUGACUGGAAUGAAAUGUUCACAACAAAGUGCUUUGCCUGCGGAUUCCCCGUGGAGGCCGGCGACAGAUGGGUUGAGGCUCUGUCCCACAAUUACCACAGUCAGUGCUUCAAUUGCACCACAUGCAAGAAGAAUCUAGAGGGUCAGAGCUUCUUCGCCAAGGGUGGACGUCCUUAUUGCAAAAAUCACGCCCGCUAAGUUUUUUUUUAACGAACAAAAAUUCUAAUUGAACAUGGAGAGUUUCCAGGUGAUUUUCCGUGAACCAUCAACGGAAAUUUCUCAAUUUAAAUUCAAUAAUUUAGCAAAUACACCCGACAAAGUCACGGAGAAACCCUUCAAAUGCCACACAGCCAAGACACAGUUGCAUAGCAAAAACACUCAUGAAAUCAAUUUUAGUACACAAAAAACCGUUAAAUGAGAAAAAAUUGAUGAAAAAAAUACAGAUUUAUUUAAUAAAUUUGCUUUGUACAAUUUUAUUUAAAAUGAAAAAAAAAGUAAAACAAAAAAAAAUAAGAAUAAAAUUCUUCAUUUUAUCCUAGAUGUAAUGUUUUAAGGUGCAGCUACAACGAUUUAAAAAAAAUCUAUUUUAAUCGAUAUACUUUAUAUAAACGCAAAAAGGAUGUAUUUAUGAUUUUAUUAGUAUAUUAAAAAAAAACAAAUAUUGAAUGAAAAUUUUUUGGAAAGGACAUUUUCAUAGAAAGAAAAAACUAUCCAGUGAAGUGCAGUGAUACUGGAAAAAAAUAAAUUAAAUUAUACGAAAAGAAAUCCCAAUUUAGGCAAAAAAAAAAGAAAUGUAAAGAAAAACGAAAGAUUGGAGAGAUAAUCUAUAUUUUAUCUGUAUAACUUUUUGUUCAUUUUCUUUUCUGUUGAAUCAUAUUAUUUUUGUGUAAAUGAAAUUUGUAAUUUGUGUGAAGAAAAUAAAGGACAACGAAAAAGU